UCAGCGCGUCCGACGGUCGUGUCCAUGGAGAGCCGCUGAGCUGCAGCUGGACCUCCCUGGGAAGGGAAAGGGAGGGGGGGAGGAGGCGGAGGAGGGAAAGAUGUCCGCUUCAUUGGUGCGAGCCACGGUCCGGGCGGUGAGCAAGAGGAAGCUGCAGCCUACCCGGGCAGCCCUGACCCUGACACCAGCAGCUGUGAAUAAGAUAAAACAGCUUCUUAAAGAUAAACCUGAAAAUGUAGGUCUGAAAGUUGGGGUCCGAACCAGAGGUUGUAAUGGACUUUCUUACACUUUAGAAUAUACUAAGACAAAAGGAGAGUCUGAUGAAGAAGUUGUUCAGGAUGGAAUUAGAGUGUUCAUCGAAAAGAAAGCACAGCUAACACUUUUAGGAACAGAAAUGGACUAUGUAGAAGACAAAUUGUCCAGUGAAUUUGUUUUCAAUAACCCAAACAUCAAAGGAACUUGUGGCUGUGGAGAAAGCUUUAACAUUUGAAAACUCAGGACUACUUUGGCAUUAAGUACCAAGAAUGCUCGUGUUCAACCAUGUGGCUUUCUAAAGAAAUCAUGUUUCUUUCAGGUUCUGGGCCUUGCAAUGUAUGGCUGCCUUAUAAGGAAAAUAAAGUUAAUGCAUUUCGAAAAUAAAACCAUUGUGUUAAAUUCUAGAAAAAGUGGUCUUUGUACCAUGUUUUAGGUGACAGAUUGAGUGCUCUGAGGAACACUGUUACUAUUCUGUAAAGAAAAAAAACAACCUUUAUUCUGAGUUUAUAUCUCCAUUUGUUAUUUCUCUUAGAACAAAUUUUCAUUGUCCUUGUAUUAUUGAUUAGAUUCAGUCUUGCAUUUCACAUAGUUGUGCAUAUAGUGGAUAUCUGAUAAGCAGGUAUAAUUGUGGAGUGUUUUCAUCUUUUUUUGCAUUUUAAUCCUUGAUUUUUGGCUCUCAAAAUUCAGAGACAAAAAGUCUGACUCCUGUUGGCAAAGGAUUUGAAGAUCUUUCACCUAGCCAAAUUUGCCUUUUAAAAUAUUUAUCAAAGCUUUCUUUAUCAGGAGGCCUUAACUUGUAACAGUCGUGGUCACUGUAUGUAGAUAAGAGUUUUUAGGAACACUGCAAAGAAUUUCUAGGUGAUGACACUUUCUAAGAAUAUACAUCCUAGGUCCCUAAUUUUUUAACUCCUUGUUUCUUCCACCCUAGUUGUAUUCCUAAAGCACAAAUCCCAAGCUCACUUAGAAUUUUGGAGCUGGAUGGUAUCUUAUAGGUCAUCUAGUCCAGCCCCCAAAGGCCUGAUAAGGUGGGGAAGCCUCCUCAGAGUCACAUCCUUGACAUCAUGGAACUAGCUAAUGGUGAAGCCAGGACCAGACCAAAGUCUUAACCCGCUGACAGGUUUUCCACUGGGCCACAAUGCCUCUUUAAAGACCCAUGUCUCCUAUCUCCUUCUAAGUGAUGCACGUUGUCUAUGUGUAUGCUCUUAGGCAGUCGAGGGAAGUAAAGGAGCUAUAUUUGUCUUGACUGUGCAAAGAACAAAGUGGCCUUUUUAGCUGGUUGACAUGUUAACUGGAUAAUUCCUUAUUCCUAAAGUUCAGUGGCGUGUACUAUGUUUUCUUUAAUUGACAGAAUUUGGAGAGAAAGUUGUUUUAAUUGCAUUCUUUCUUUACAUCUCUAUAACCACAAUUCAAAAAGUCAAGGAGGGUAAAUGGAGCAACCUGAAAAUCCUUUUUUUUUAAAUUGGCAUAACUACUAUAGCUGUUGUGCUCCCCUUCAGUAGAAUAUGGUUGCCUUUUCUAAAGUUUCAAAUUUCAUGUUUUCUGAAUCCUAACUUCUGUUGAUGGAAGAUGAAAGGAAUAGCCUUUUAAAAAAUGGACAGAAACUAAUACUCUUUCCCACAGUUUUCUCUGACAGUGUCCAUUUUAUAUCCUCGUUGUUGAUUCUGCAGGGUUUGACACAUUGAAUGCUUCGUUUUGUGUGGUAGUAUCUGUGCUUUGUGUUUGAAAGUUAACUGUCAGAGCUGAAGUUGUUUUGAGUUCCUUUAAAUAUGAUUGUCAUGUUCAUAUCCUGCUCACUUGCAUCCUGUUCAUAGGAACCUGACGCACAACACGCACAAAACUUUAAAAAGUAAUGUUAUGUAAGUGGUAGUAACAACUUGUAUAGUUAACUUUAUUUUGUUGAUCCAUUUAUAAUUUGUGCAAUACUGUAUGUAGAAGUCUUUGUUGCCAAUAAAAUUGUAUCCUCUGUA